AUGGGUACAUCGUUUAGAGAGCUUUUUAAAUUGUACGACUUGAUUCAAUGUGGGGAAUCAAGUAAUGUGGAGCGGUACCUGAAGGAAAAUUCUAUUGAUUUAAAUAUUAUAUUACCAUGCAAAGAAAUGAUCCUGAAAUAUGGAGGUGAUCCUAAUAUUAUAAAUGACGAUGGACUAAGUCCGGUCCAUAUAGCAGCAAUAUGGGGCAGAGUGGAAAAUCUCAAGCUUCUUAUUGGUUGUGGUGGAGACCCAUCUCGAAAGGAUAUUGAUGGAAUAUCUGCUUUUGACUAUGCAGCCAGGGAACAACAAUGGGAGGUUUUUGACUAUCUACGUAAUGUGGUUGAUGUAACAGAUGACUCAUUUGGAUCACAAUGUGCUUAUACACUGGAUUUAGACAAAAUCCUAGUGACAACUGACCAAGUAGUGGCAGAAUAUGAGCCAAUAACAGAUGACCAGCUCAGCCGUAUGAGCAUACGAAAGUCUGAAAUGGUUCGCGACUGGUGUGAUAAAAACACUAUCACUAUGAAUAAAUUAUAUCCCACAAUACUUAGCGAGACAUACCUCUUGGACCACGAGUCUGAGCCCUGGCUUGACGAUUUGACAAAUGACUUAGAUGACACUAUCAAUACAUACAAGACCUGCAAAUCCAAAGACAUUCAAAUUAGCGGCAUACAGCCUCUAGAGCAAACUGUAGAGAAUACACAAAGCACAGAGACAAAGCAGCGGCUCAGUGUCUAUGAAAAUUUCUCGUUACCGGGAUCGCCGAACAUAACACAUAUCAAUUAUCAUACUAAAAGUAGUUUGAAGAAGAAAGAUCUAUUUCGUGACACCCGGGAAUUGGACAAGGCAAUGAUAGUGGUUCAAAAUAAAACAAAUGAAUGGCUCUCGUGCGAGGAGAAAAGAGUUUGUAAUACCAGGAGAUCAUCAGCCAGUAGCGGUGUCAGUAGCAACUUCUCUGGAAGCAUAGUGUUGGCAAAUGUCCAUGAAGAUUUCAAAUACGAAGACAAGGAAGAGGAUGUUGUGCUGAUUGAAAGGAGGGUCCGGGUCUCGCCUAUAGUGUUACCAAUAGAGGAAGGCAACCAGACAUCUCCAGACCAAACAAUUCUCUCAGUGGCUUCCUCUCUUCCACCAUCCAUGGACUAUGACACGGACACACUCAGAGCCGAAUUGACAAAGCUAGGAUUCAAACCUGGGCCUAUACUUGAAAAUACAAAAACGCUAUACUUGAAGAAACUACACGCAUUGAAGAAAAACCCUAUAAUAUCCAAACGGAAUGAACAAGGAAAAACAUAUAGCGUUGAACUAGAAAGAUCUCUUCGGAACAAUGAUUGGAUACAAAAUUUAUCUCCAUACAUAGAGUUAGAAAACAAGGCAAAAGUGGACUUUUUGAAUCCGAACAAAAAGUGGAGGGAAGGCACAGCUAAGACCUCCUUUACCUACCUAUUACUUGACCCACGAUUGACGAACAACCUUCCAGGGCGAGCUGGUCAAAUUGACCCACAUACGUCGUGGGUCACAUUUGUGAACUCAAUAUUUUAUGUUGGAAAAGGUAAACGAUCCCGCCCCUACUCGCACCUCUACCAAGCGUUGACUCUAUGGAAACGCGACUUCAAACAAUCCAAAGACAAGAAAGUCCAACACAUUCUUGAUAUAUGGUCAGACCAAGUAGGUGUUAUAUGCCUACAUAUAUUCCAAAAUGUUAUCCCAGCUGAGGCGUAUACAUACGAAGCCUCAAUGAUAGAUGUACUAGGGUUGCAGAACUUGAAGAAUCUUAAAACUGGCAAUUACUAUGGAGUUGCAGCUUCAUGGCCACUCAAAGAACGCCGUAUGCUAGGCUUGUAUUUAUUGUACAAAGCUAUGAAUAUCUUUCUGAGUGAAGGCGAAAGACAGUUGCGACCAAAUGAUAUAGACUGA